GGCGGGCGAGGCGCGGGGUGGGGAGCGGCGGGCAGGCCGGGCAUGGCGUCCAUGGCGGCGGCGAUCGCGGCCUCGCGCUCGGCCGUCAUGAGCGGGAAUCGGCCUCUGGACGACCGAGAGCGGAAGCGCUUCACCUACUUCUCGUCGCUCAGCCCCAUGGCCAGGAAGAUCAUGCAGGACAAGGAGAAGAUCCGCGAGAAGUACGGGCCCGAGUGGGCGCGGCUGCCGCCCGCCCAGCAGGACGAGAUCAUCGACCGGUGCCUGGUGGGGCCGAGCGCCCCGGCACCCCGCGACCCCGGGGACUCCGGGGACUCCGAGGAGCUCGCGCGCUUCCCCGGCUUGCGCGGGCCCACGGGCCAGAAGGUGGUGCGCUUCGGGGACGAGGACAUAACUUGGCAAGAUGAGCACUCUGCCCCCUUCUCCUGGGAAACAAGGAGUCAGAUGGAGUUCAGCAUCUCCUCCUUAUCCAUCCAAGAGCCGAGCUGCGGCGCUGCCACCAGCGAGCCGAGGCAACUCUCCAAAGUUUCUCAGGGCUCGCAGGCCCUCCGAUCUUCCCAGGGCAGCAAGUCCUCCAGCCUGGACGCUCUGGGUCCUACCCGGAAGGAAGAAGAAGCAUCCUUCUGGAAGAUCAAUGCAGAGCGGUCCCGGGGCGAGGGGCCUGAGGCUGAGUUCCAGUCGCUGACCCCCAGCCAGAUCAAGUCCAUGGAGAAAGGUGAAAAGGUCUUGCCUGCCUCUUAUCGGCAGGACCCCGCCCUGAAGGACAAGGAGGUCAAAGUGGAAAGGCCCAGCAACCUCCGCCAGGAGCAGCGUGUCCUUCCCAGCAUCAGUCUCGAGCACGAGAGGCCCCAGCCUGUCCAGACCUGCACCAGCACCUUGAACGAAACCACCCGCUCUGAGCCCAUGGGGAAGCUGCUCUCUCCCGAGGCCAGGCAGGAAGAUGCGGAGGAUGUGGAGGAUGCUCUGUUCUCGGAACCCAUGCCUGCACAGGUCAGCUCAAGUAAUGUCGUCUUGAAGACAGGAUUUGAUUUUCUGGACAAUUGGUAAAAUGGGUUAGACAAAAAAAAAAAAUAAAACCAAGAACCCCAAGAUGUUUUCCAAAGUGGCGUGGCGGAGGAGGAUGAAAAGGGCAGCAUUUUCUGUGUCUUUUCCCGGUUUCUGUACAUUCUUUUCUUAACCAUUUGGAAACUGGUAAAUAUUUUCUUGUUCAGAUUUCCAGUUUUUUCCCUUUUUGGUAAGACCAGAUAUAUAUGCUAUUUUCAAUGAUUUGAUAACAGAAGUUUUACAUUUGGAAUUUUUAAAGACUGUUAGGAAUUCAGUAAAUCUUAUAAAUAAAACUUCUGUUCCAGCGCCACCCAAUUCCGCCCCCACCCCCCAGAGAAAGAGUUUCCUCAGCCAUGUCACAAAAAUCAUAAAAGUGAUUUCCAUCUUUCUCCUUCCUCGCCUCCCUUUUUAAAAUGUAUGGAGUCACUUUGAUGGGUGACUGUUAGUGAUGUCCUUAGCAGUAAUGACAUCAGCGCGCUGGCUGUGACCAUGGAAGGAUUUGCCCCCCAUGACUUUUUGCCCGAUGCUCCUCGCUGUCCAGGGCUUCCCUUGCUGAUGCCACAUUUCUUGCAUCAUGUGCCGCCCUCCACCCUUGUGUCAUUUCCAGGAAACUGACUGUUGACACAUGGCAGAGGUCGUCUUUAAGCUGCCCUGAAACUUAUUCAAACUCUUCAUCAUUCUUUAAGAAGAGCUGCAUGUUUAGAAGUUUUGUAUUAACUUUCAUUAUUUUGUAUCUAGAUUUAGCGAUUGUAGGGCUACCACUUUUCUUGGGUUUGUACUUGUUUGCUUUUGGAAGUUCCUUGUUACUUACGUCAGGGGUUGGGUAUUCCCUGCCCUGGGCCUCUGCAGGGGUAAAGGCAGAUGGCAGAUUUGCUGGAGGACAGGGGUCUUCUCCUUAGGUGUGUUAGAGCCUUCUGGCAUGAGACUGGCAGGGGCAGUGGACGUCCCUCAUCCCAAGGACUGGUCAAACUGUGUCACAAUGGACCCUCCCCCAACCCUGAACGUCAGCAGAAGUGGAAGUGUUGCAUUUCUGCAUCGCCCCAGCAGCGCCUCCUGGAGACUUUGGUGAUCAUAGCAGCAGCGUCUCCUGGAGCUGGACUUCACUGCCCACUGCUGCUCCAGUGGAGGCGGCUCCGAGGCUGCCCGGGGGAGCGAGGUGGCCCCUGCCCCAGAUGGGAUGGGGCAGGGCGGGGUGGGGAGGAGUGUGAGCCUUACCCUGCGAAGCCUCUGCCCUGACCGAUGGCCCCUGAGCUGCGUGAGCCUGCAGGACGUGCCCAAACGUGAUCCACACAUUGCCUCUCACUGUGUUCUCCUCACCUGAAGCCUUAAUCCCUGCCAGCCCUGCCAGUGAGCAUCUGGUUUCAAUAUCAACGUGUGUCUUUUGCAAAAUGCCUUUCUGUUUCACAGGACCUUCUGAAAUGAUUUCCAGAAUAUUUUAUCUGGCUCCAAGGUAAAGCACAUGGCAACUUUUUUUUUUUUUUCCCCAGGCAAGUUUCUGCCAGAGCUGUGGCUUAGCCAACUUUGGGUUUGGUUUCUGCCAGUUGCGUUAUGUCCCCAAGCUUCCUUUGGCCCCUUGGAGUCUGGGCUUCGACCUUCUUCCUUUGGUUACUGAUCGUAUUGUGGCAAAUACAGAUUCUUUCUGUACCGUUUAAGUACAGUUGAAACAUGCAAGGGGAAAAAGGUUUCUAGCAUGGUGGUGAGGGGAAAGGAGCCGAAAUCCCAGCUGGAACAGCACGGCAGGGUGCGGCCCCUUCCAUCAGCCGCUGAGCCUCACAGCUGGUCUUACUGCCUGCCUCCACCGGCGGCCUCGAGGGCACAGGGCUGUUUUAGAACCCUUGCUUGAAAGCGGGAUCCCCAAAAAAAAAGAAAUGUGCAGACGUGAGUGUGCAUUCCUUGGUGUUGGUGUAGCAGGGAGGGAAGAUCUGUGGCCUGGGCCAGGUAGCCCGAGGUGAUCUCUCUGUUCUUUGGGGAGACAAUUCUGAUUUCUUUCCCACUUUCUCAUAAAGCCCAAUAAUACCUGCAAGUUCUCCGGGAGCUGGGGAGAUGGAGGGAUUGUUCAAAGAUUAUGCCUCCUUUAGUACUCUGUGGGGUACCCAGCCAUGUUUAUUAGUUAUCUUUUUUUUUUUUAAGAUUUUAUUUUUCCUUUUUCUCCCCAAAGCCCCCUGGUACAUGGUUGUGUAUUUUUAGUUGUGGGUCCUUCUAGUUGUGGCAUGUGGGACGCCGCCUCAGCAUGGCUUGAUGAGCGGUGCCAUGUCUGCACCCAGGAUCCGAACCGGUGCAUGCGAACUUAACCACUCGGCCACAGAGCCAGUUCCUAGUUAUCUUUUACAACAGCGUUUAAAAUUUCCUAUGGUACAGCCUCCUGAGAUUAAAUGUAAGAUCGAAACUUGGCAAAUCCUGGAGGGAGUCCUCAAGUCGUGUUGCUUUGCUCUGCUCUCGGAACUGGAAGAGUAUGAGAGGGACAAGUGGAGGCUGGAGGACGCAUGCUUGUGGGUCUCCAUCCUGCCUGACCCCAGAUCCUCCUCUUAACCUGGGCCGUCUACGCAAAGAUGGUUCCUUCCCUGGCUCCUGGGAAUCGAUGUUUGGUGUGUCCAAGUAAGGGAAAACGAAGCUCUGGUGUUUGCCACCCUUUUUUCCCCAUGUAUCAGGAUGGAGUUUCUAAAACCAGGAGUUUAUAUUUAUUAUUUUUAAAAAUGCACACUUUUUAGCUGAAGCCUAUGUGUGGUUUUGGAUCUCCGCCGCUCUCCUCUGCACCUGGCAUUCAGCUCAAGGAUUCAGUGUCUUGCUUUGGGUGACUAUAUUUUGUAAAAUCUUCCCCACAAAGUCAGAAGCCAGUCUCGGGUCUUUCCCCUGGGGAUCCCUCCCCCACCCUCGGGGUUUGGGAGUGCUUCCUGCUUUGGGAACAGCGGGGGUCUGUCACAGCCCAUGCUGCACCCCACGUGGAUGUCAGGGCGGCCUCCCUUUCUUUGUCUCUCCCUUUCUUUGAUACACGUUUUCAAAAGUGAGAAUUCUUACUGACUACUUGUAACUUGGUUGUAUUUUAUAUUAAUAGCCUUUAAUAAAGCCAUUUAAAAUAUGCUAAAA